AUGCUUUUCCAGCAUACAGCGCUGCUUACAGCAGCUUUACCACUUGUCUUCGCGCAGACGCCCUUCACGAACGAUACCACGCCGAACAGCCCGUUGACGAAUGCGACCUCACCGCCUCACUACCCGGCUCCGUGGGGCGAAGGGUUAGGAGACUGGGCAAGCGCCUAUGAGAAGGCACGAGCAUUCGUAUCUCAGCUCACACUGCUAGAGAAGGUCAACUUGACUACCGGAGUUGGCUGGGAGGGCGAGAAGUGCGUUGGCAACACCGGAGCGAUUCCUAGACUUGGCUUCAAGGCGCUCUGUCUUCAGGACAGUCCCCUUGGGAUAAGAUUUGCAGACUUCGCUUCAGCUUUCAGUGCUGGGGUGACCAUUGCCGCGACUUGGGAUAGGAAGUUGUUCUACUCCCGAGGAUAUGACAUGGGUACAGAGCAUAAGCUCAAGGGAAUCGAUGUACAGCUCGGUCCGGUCGUCGGCCCUCUUGGAAGAGCUCCAGAAGGAGGUCGUAACUGGGAGGGAUUCUCUCCUGAUCCAGCGCUCUCCGGAAUCGCAGUGUACGAAACUGUCAAAGGAAUCCAGGAUGCCGGAGUCAUCGCUUGCACCAAGCACUACAUUGCCAACGAGCAGGAGCACUUUCGACAAGGUCCUCCGCCAGGCAACCUCACUGAGUCACUCAGUUCCAACAUUGACGAUGUGACCAUGCACGAACUUUACUUAUGGCCGUUCGCAGAUGCUGUCCGCGCUGGUACAGGCUCGAUCAUGUGCAGCUACAAUCAAAUCAACAACAGCUACGGCUGUCAGAACAGUGCCCUGCUUAAUGGACUGCUCAAGAACGAACUUGGCUUCCAAGGUUUCGUCGUUAGCGACUGGGCCGCACAGCAUUCUGGUGUCUCGUCCGCUUUGGCUGGCCUUGACAUGACGAUGCCCGGUGAUGUCGCAUUUGACAGCUCGACCUCAUACUGGGGAGCGAACCUGACUAUUGCAAUCCUCAACGGCACGGUCCCACAGUGGCGACUAGACGACAUGGCAGUACGCAUCGUCGCCGCGUGGUAUUAUGUCGACCGUGAAGGCCAACAAGUCGAGGAUGCCCCAAGUUUCUCGAGUUGGACUCAGGACACCUUCGGCUUCCAGCACUUCUACGCACAGGAGGGAUACACUUUACUCAACCACCAUGUUGACGUGCAGCAGGACCAUUUCCAAGGCAUCAGGGAAGUUGCUGCCAAAGGAACCGUCCUGCUGAAGAAUAACAAUGCUCUUCCACUCACCGGCAAGGAGAAGCUCACAACAGUCUUCGGCUCGGACGCUGCCGAAAAUCAGUAUGGACCGAACGGCUGCGCAGACAGAGGUUGCGACAACGGAACACUGGCCAUGGGAUGGGGAUCUGGCACGGCAAAUUUCCCAUACCUCAUCACACCACUGGAAGCCAUUAAAGCUGAGGUCCGCAGCCAGCGCGGCAACGUUGAAAGCGUCAUCGAUGACUAUGCUUACCCUCAGAUCGCGGCUCUCGCUCGUCGUGCUGGCGAGGUCGACGGAGUCUGCCUUGUGUUUGUCAAUGCUGACGCCGGAGAGGGAUACAUAACCGUCGACGGAAACGAAGGUGACCGAAACAACCUUACAUUGUGGCACAAUGGCGACACCCUCAUCCAGAAUGUGACCAGUCAGUGCAACAACACGGUGGUCGUCAUGCACACAGUCGGCCCAGUGCUUGUUGACGCUUGGUACGAGAACGAGAACGUGACCGCCAUUAUAUGGGCAGGUAUCCCAGGCCAAGAGAGCGGCAAUGCCAUCACAGACAUUUUGUACGGAAAGGUCAACCCGGGAGGCAAGACGCCAUUCACCUGGGGUCUCAACCGCGAAGACUAUGGCACUGACGUGAUGUAUACCCCAAACAACGGUGUACUCGCGCCUCAGGACGACUUUGUAGAAGGAGUGUUCAUCGACUACAGAGCAUUCGACAAGGCCAACAUUACUCCUGUCUAUGAGUUCGGUUUUGGCCUGUCUUACACGGCCUUUGCAUACUCCAAUCUGCAGAUUCAGGCACACGCCGAUCCAGGCUACACACCGACUACUGGCGAUACGCCACCGGCACCAACCUACGGCGUCAUCAGCAACAACAGCGCCGACUAUCUUUACCCAGACAACUUCACGCGCAUUGAAGCCUAUAUCUACCCGUACCUGAACUUCACCUCCCUAUCACAAAGUUCCGGCGAUCCAGAAUACGGUAGCAACUACAGCUUCCCAAGUGGCGGCUACGACAGCAGCCCACAGCCAUACGCACCAGCCGGCAGCACCGUCGCUCCAGGCGGCAACCAAGCCCUCUACGAUGUCCUCUUCACAGCCACCGCCACCAUCACAAACACUGGGUCAGUUGUCGGUGAUGAAGUUCCACAGCUUUACGUUAGUCUGGGUGGGCCAAACGACCCCAAGGUUGUCCUUCGCAACUUUGAUCGCUUGACGAUUCCAGCAGGAGGUAGUGCAACUUUCACAGCAGACAUCAUGAGGAGGGACCUUUCGAACUGGGACACUGCUGCUCAGGAUUGGAUCAUUUCGAGCUACCCGAAGACGGUGUAUGUUGGAUGCUCGUCCCGGAAGUUGCCGCUAAGCGCAUCGCUGGACGUGGGCGGUGGUGGUGCGACUCCCUACUAA